CACAGAAGGCAAGAAACUAUAUAAAAAACAUCUCUCAUCUCAAUUAUGAAUUCUGAACUCAAGACACAACGCAACAUAGCAUAGAAAGAGAAAGCGCAGGGUCCGACCCGAGACCUCAUCUUUCGCCGUAGUGCUCGUUUUCAGAGUUACAAAGGAAUCGACCCAAAAGUGAGUUAAAAAAGGCCAGACACACACACACAGAGAGAAAGAGAUCGAGAAGAUAGCUUUGGUGUCAAACGCUCCCAGAUUCUUCUGCUGUGGACUCCACUUCUCUACUGUUCCACCAAUUCCUGCUCUCUGCUUCCACUCCGCACUACGAUUCUGUGAAAUCUCUGACUGGACGCUCUGUAAUUGGUGAUUUUGGAGCCAAACUGUUUCGUCCAAUGAAAAUCAAUCGCGAAAGUUUCCGUUGAUAUAAUUCGUGGAGAAUUUACUGAUAAAAUAGUUAUUCGUCGGCGAAAUUGAGCGAAUGCGUCUCCGAUCUUCAGCCGGCCGGGGACGUAAUCUGAGAGGAUCUGAGAAUUUUUCAUACUAAUCGAAGCUGCAAGUUCUCAAUUCCUGUGUGCGCUGCCGAAUUCAAACGGAAUUUGAAUUUAAUCUCGCAACGCUGUAGCGGAAUUGAAUUCUAUGAGAUAAGAGCGAAAUUCAAAAUUCCGUUGAAAACCGGGAAGGAAAAGGAAAACAGAAAAACGGAAAAGCAUAAUAUUCAGGUUUUGAUGGAGCUUCCUCAAGCACGUCCCCUUGGAACCGAAGGGAGGAAACCGAUGCAUGACUUUCUGUCACUCUACAGUAAUUCAACUGCCCAACAAGAUCCAAGGCUACCUUCUCAAGGAAGUUACCUCAAGACCCAUGAUUUCUUGCAGCCACUAGAACGGGUAGAAACAAAAGCCUGUGCAAAGGAAGAAGCCACAGAAGAAAUAUUAUCGGUGGUUCAAAAGCAACGUCCACCUUCAGUUGAGCACCUCUUACCUGGAGGAAUUGGGACUUACAGUAUUAGCCACAUUUCAUAUGUUAAUAAUAAUAAUAAUCAAAGGGGGGUUCUGAAACCAGAGACAUCAUCCCUUUUCGUGCGUCAAGCAACUAGUACGGAUAAGAAUGAAGAAAACUCUAACUGCAGUUCAUAUACUUCAAGUGGUUUUACUUUGUGGGAAGAGUCAUCAGGGAAGAGGGGAAAUACAGGAAAGGAGAAUAAUGCGGGCGAGAAACCCUCUCUAGGAGUGACAGAGUCUGCAGCGAAGCUAGGGCAGUGGACAUCAACGGAGCGAACGUCACAGUCGUUUUCUAACAAUCGUCACGGCGGUUUCAGCUCUCGCUCUUCAUCUCAGACAACUGGGCAGAAGAACCAGAGUUUUAUUGAAAUGAUGAAGUCUGCAAGGGAUAGUAAUGCCCAGGAUGAAGUGCUAGAAAGCGAGGAAACAUUUUUUCUCAAGAAAGAACCCUCCUCGAAUACCCAAAGAGAACUCAGGGUGAAAGUGGAUGCGAAGAGUACUGAUCAAAAGCCAAACACACCAAGAUCAAAACACUCUGCAACAGAACAGCGGAGAAGGAGCAAAAUUAAUGACAGAUUCCAAAUGCUAAGAGAGCUUAUUCCACACAGUGACCAAAAGAGGGACAAAGCAUCUUUUUUAUUGGAGGUCGUUGAGUAUAUUCAUUUUUUACAAGAGAAGGUGCACAAGUAUGAAGGUUCAUUUCAAGGGUGGAGUAACGAGCCAGAAAAAUUGAUGCCAUGGAGAAAUAAUGACAAGCCAGCAGAAACUUUUCAACCUCGUGGCACUGAUAAUGGAUCAAGUCCAUCUCCAACACUGCUGUUUGCUUCAAAGGUUGACGAGAAAAAUAUUACCAUCUCCCAAACAAUUCCUGGGAGUACCCAGAAUGUAGAAUCUGGCUUGAGCUCAGCAACUACCCCCAAGACAAUGGAUCAUCAUGCUGGAAUGAUGAACAAGGCUUUUCCAAUUCCUAUUCCUUCACAGCUAAAUUUCUUCACUCCAACCCAAAUAGGUGGUCCAGGUGGAGUAGUAUCUCAGCUAACACAUAGAUCAGCAUCAGAUGCUGAGAAAACUAAAUAUCAACCUUCAGUGGAAUGUCAGACUAUGACUGCUACCAAUGAAAAGCUGAAAGAGAAAGAGCUCACUAUUGAAGGUGGUGCCAUUAGCAUAUCAAGCGUUUACUCAAAAGGGUUGUUGCAUACGCUUACACAUGCACUUCAAAGUUCAGGGGUGGAUUUGUCACAGGCUAGCAUCUCAGUGCAAAUUGAACUUGGUAAACAAGCAAACAUCAGACCAAGUGUACCAGUGUCAGUGUGUGCUGCUAAGGAUGGUGACGUUCAUUCUAACAAUCAAAAGAUGAUGCGCUCUAGAGUUGCUAGCUCUGGGAAGUCUGACCAAGCAGUUAAGAAGCUAAAGACAUGCAGAAGUUAAUUCGAUCGUUAUAUUCAUUCUUUCUUUACUAUUAUAAUUCUUAUUAAUUAUUUGGGUUAACUUUUUAAAAUUAAUUUUUGGAAGGGGUAAUUAUGUCUUCUGCUGGCUUUAUUAUCCAGCGAGGGUGAGAUCGACUGUACAUUCAGUGCCUUUUUAGUUUGUUGGGAUCAUUAGGCUCACCCCAACAAAAUAAUAUGAAUUAUUUUAGUUUCUAAAUCAUAUAAAUAUAAAGGCUUCCAUACUAAUCGAGAAGCUAUUUUUUAACCAAGGCUUCUAUUCAUGUAUAGAUUGUAAACUCUCGCUCCUUUAUUUGCUGCAUAUUCUUUAA